ACCACUCUUGCAACUUGAAUUUAUUUGUUAUGAUUUCUUCAACGAAUAGGUGUUCAAGAACCGGGUGAUUAAACCAGUAGCCCGCUGAACUUUAAUUCCUAAGAAUGCGGCGUCACCUGCAGUGGAGUAUUAAGCAGCUAACGGCCAGUUAUGCGGAUGGCCAGUUGUCUCCUCGCCGGGUUACGGAGCAGGCUCUGGAGGACGCGCUUCGAUUGACGACCUUAAAUGCUUUUGUGCGUCUCACACCAGAACAGGCGAUCCAACAGUCCCAAGAAUCGGAGCAGCGCUAUCAGCAAAAGCAUCCAAAUGGCACCUUAGACGGAGUAACUAUUGCCAUCAAGGAUAACUUUUGCACCAAAGACGUCCACACAACCUGUGCCUCGCGGAUGCUGCAGGACUUUGUGCCUCCUUAUGAUGCUACUGUGUGUUCUAGGCUUAAACAAGCUGGCGCUGUAAUACUUGGGAAGACUAACAUGGAUCAGUUUGCCAUGGGCGCUGGCACUGUGGACUCUUUAUACGGACCAACCAAAAACAUAUGGAGCGAGGAACUAGAUCAGGAUCACUGGCGCAUCGCUGGAGGUAGUUCUGGAGGCUCUGCAUCCGCCGUAGCCGCGGGUAUUUGUUAUGCUGCCAUUGGCUCGGACACUGGUGGCUCCACCCGUAAUCCCGCCUCCUACUGCGGAGUGGUUGGCUUGAAACCUACCUACGGUUUGGUUUCGCGUCAUGGCCUCAUCCCACUGGUCAACUCAAUGGACGUGCCCGGCAUUUUCGCCCGCUCAGUUAGCGACUGCGUGGAGGUGCUGAAUGCAGUGGCUGGUCCGGAUCAACUGGACUCUACCACCAUUAGAAAACCGUUCACAAAGCUGAAACUGCCGGAGAUCGGACAAAUUGAUCUUAGCACUGUACGCAUAGGAAUACCGAAAGAAUACCACUGUCAGGGUCUAUCAGCUGAGGUGUUGGAAACGUGGUCAAAGGUGGCCGAUCUCCUGGAGGGUAGCGGCGCAUCAGUGCGACAAGUUUCAUUGCCAAAUACGGCAGCAAGUAUUUUCGUAUACUCGAUUCUCAAUCAGUGCGAGGUGGCCAGUAAUAUGGCAAGAUACGACGGCAUCGAGUACGGCCAUAGAGCUUCAGACGAGCGUAGUACAGAGCAGUUGUAUGCUCUUUCCCGAGCUGAGGGAUUCAACGAGGUAGUAAAGACACGCAUUCUAACCGGAAACUUCUUAUUGUUAAGAAAGAACUACGAACACUACUUUGAGAAGGCUUUACGGGUUCGCCGGCUAAUCGCAGAAGACUUUGUAAAAGUGUUCGAGACUUCUGCCAAAGAGGAACGCGUGGACAUUCUUCUCACACCAACAACUCUCACAGAGGCACCACUUUACAAGGAUUUUGCCUCCCUCACCAACAGAGAUCAGUGUGCCGUGCAGGACUUUUGCACUCAGCCAGCCAACAUGGCAGGUAUUCCUGCCGUAUCCAUACCCAUUCGCUUGUCGCAAGCUGGCUUACCACUCAGCCUUCAGCUAAUGAGCAACAGUCUCAACGAGCAGUUACUGCUCACCGUGGCUCGCUGGAUCGAGGACCAGGUGGGAUUCGAUAGCCUGGAGCACAGGCAACAGUUAAAAGCCAGUGUGUGAAAUGAAUCUAAUUUUAUUCUGGUCUUUAAUAAAUUAUGUUUAACAUUAAAAGGUUACAAAGAUUAAAAACAACGAACUAAACAAA